UAUUUACGGAACGCGGUGUCGGGUGACUCAUCGCCGACCAGAUUCUCUUCAUUCCGAGAAGCAGCUCAUCCAGACCGACUCGUUAGGACCCACGUUUCUCCCCCACAGCCGGACAAGAUUGAGAUGUUACAUUUUAGGUUCUCCACAGUCCUGAAGGAGUGUUUUCAAGCCACCGUGAAGCGUCCCUUCCCCUGCUGCACCCAGGAGAGCUGGUACCCGGCGCCCCGGCACCACCGCUGUCUCGGUUCUGUCCCCAGUGAUGCUGCUGCCGCCGCCGCGCCGCACCGCACCGCGCCCUGCUCCGCACCGCGCCGCUCCUACUGCGUGAAAACAGAAGGCGAAGCCACCGUGGAGCUGGACGAACACCUGAAGAAGGAUGGAGCCGAAGGAGACAAGAGGAGGAAUCCAGGAAUCCUGCCCAGUUUGGAGGACCUGCUCUUCUACACGGUCGCUGAAGGUCAAGAGAAGAUUCCAGCUCACAAGUUCCUCGCAGCGCUGAAGACCACUGGGCUGUGGACCGGAGACCCCCGCCUGAAGGAGUGCAUGGAGAUGCUGAAGGAGACGCUGAAGAAGACUCCGGACGGCGUGACGCUGGACCGCCACCUGUUCAAGAAGUGUGUCCAGAGCAACAUUGUCCUGCUCACUCAGGCCUUCCGCAAGAAGUUCGUCAUCCCCGACUUCCAGUCCUUCACCUCCCAUAUUGACCAGCUUUAUGAGAAAGCCAAAAACCUCUCUGGAGGGCAGGUAGCAGAUUACAUUCCUCAGCUUGCCAAGUUUAGCCCGGACCUGUGGGCCGUCUCACUGUGCACCGUCGAUGGACAGAGGCACACUGUGGGCGACACUAAGGUCCCUUUCUGCCUGCAGUCCUGUGUGAAGCCUCUGAAGUACGCCGUGGCGGUUCAUGACCACGGCACCGAGUAUGUUCACAGCUUCAUUGGGAAGGAGCCCAGCGGCCUGCGCUUCAACAAACUCUUCCUGAACGAAGACGAUAAGCCCCACAACCCCAUGGUGAACGCCGGAGCCAUCGUUUGCACGUCGCUCAUUCAGCAAACUGCCAGCACCGCAGAGAAAUUUGACUAUGUCAUGACCUUUCUGAAAAAGAUGGCAGGAAAAGAGUAUGUUGGGUUCAGCAACGCCACAUUCCAGUCGGAGCGCGAGACUGGAGACAGAAACUUCGCCAUCGGAUAUUACCUGAAGGAGAAGAAGUGUUUCCCUGAAGGAACCGACAUGACGUCUGUGCUGGACCUUUACUUCCAGCUGUGCGCCAUCGAGGUGACCUCUGAGAGCGGCAGCGUCAUGGCCGCCACGCUGGCCAACGGCGGCAUCUGUCCCAUCACGGGCGAGCGCGUGCUGAGCCCGGAGGCGGUGAGGAACACGCUGAGCCUGAUGCACUCCUGCGGGAUGUACGACUUCUCGGGACAGUUCGCCUUCCACGUCGGACUGCCGUCCAAGUCCGGGGUGGCUGGAGGAAUCCUGCUGGUCGUUCCCAACGUGAUGGGAAUCAUGUGCUGGUCGCCGCCGCUGGACAAACUGGGAAACUCGGUCCGAGGAAUUCAGUUCUGCACGGAUCUGGUUGAACUUUUCAACUUCCACAACUACGACAACCUGAGGCACUUCACCAAGAAGCACGACCCGCGCAGAGAGGGAGGCGACCAGAGGCAGCACAGCUUCGGAUCGAUGGAUUACGAGAGCCUGCAGCAGGAGCUGGCUCUGAAAGCGCCGCUCUGGAAAAAAGUGUCUCCCACGGAGACGGACCAGGACAGCUCCACCACUGUAGUCUAUAGGAUGGACAAAGUCGCCGAGUGACCCCUGACCUCCACCGCCUGCUCCACCCCAUAUUAUAUUUAUAAACCAUGUAGACCACUAUUUAUUGCUUGUGAAGCGGUUGCUAUGGGGACGAGCUGGAAGCUCUUUUUACUGUUUCAUUUGGUUCAUAUUUGCUCUGAAUCUGAGAUCCGACUAUCAGCUUCAUCUCACUCCACAUUCUGCAGAACAGGCCGGGUUUUCUGGGUUUCUCUGUCAACAAGAGGCUCCGCCUCCAAUGGGCGGGGCAAAGAAGCAGCAGCCAAUGAGGACAGUUAUGCAGUUAUGCAGAAACAUUUUAGUUUUAGAUGAUAUUUGCACAAAAAUCUAAGUGUUAUUUGGUGAUGCGUUCUGCAUGGAGGCUCAGUUAUUGUUGGAAAAAGUUUUAAUCUCUGGAAACUGACAGUUUGGAUGAAGAUUUAGGAAAAUAAGGCUCUGAUCUUGUUUAGAAAGUUAGAAAAUUGCUGGAUUUUACAGAAAAGUCAUUUUAAAGCUAUGAAAUUUAUUUAGUUAUGAUAUUUAAGUAAAUUAUCCAUAAAACUUUGAAGUAUUAAUGAUCAGCUGCUGUUAAUAUUUUCCUCCUGCAGUAGAUCCUGAACCUCCAGUCGAUUUCUCUGCUUUUAUUUUCAUUUAAACUCUUAGUUUAAAAGAUCUUUAAAACUAAAUGAUCUUAGUUUUAAUCAUGAACAUUUUAUUGUGAGAUUUGGAUGAGUUGGAUCCACACCGUGGCUGACCAUCAUUUUAGUGAGCAAAAUAUUUUCAAAGAGCUUAAUUUGGUCUCUUUAAGCCAACUGAGCAGCAGUGCACAGCCUCUUUAACUGCUGCAGGCAUUUAGUUUUAUUUUGAGUCGUUACUUUUAAAAACCAACGCUGCAGAGAAACAAAAACAUUUUUGUGGUUUGCACUGAAUUUUAUUUGGUGACAUCAGAGUAAAUUGGGCUGAAUGCAGAUAGAUGCCUGCCACACUUUCCAGAAAGGUAAAACAAUAAUAAUCAUGCAGGUGCAGUUGAUCAAAAAUGUUCCGUUGUCAUUGAGUCGGUGCUGAAACUCUGAUCGCUCCGGGUUUUCCUUUUCGCUCCAGGUUUUCCUUUUCGCUCCAGGUUUUCCUUUUCGCUCCGGGUUUUCCUUUUCGCUCCAGGUUUUCCUUUUCGCUCCAGGUUUUUCGCUCCGGGUUUUCCUUUUCGCUCCGGGUUUUCCUUUUCGCUCCAGGUUUUCCUUUUCGCUCCAGGUUAACUCUGUGUUUUUCUUGGCUGCUUUCUGAAUCCCACAAGUUUACAGAAAAUCUACAGAAGUUUUUCCGCUUUAUAAAUAAUGGCAGAAACGAGGCUUUAAAGUUUCACAGGAAACUCUGCGACAAAGUCCCGGUCCAGUCUGAUCCGGUUCGGGUUUGUUUGAUUUCCUUCCAGUCUUUCAGAGUUUUUCCAGACCCGGGUCUUCUUCAUGCAGGUUGCUUUGGCGUCGUAAAUCAUUCACACAAAAGUCUCAUUUAAAAAGCAGCAUGAACCAAAAAUCAUAUUUUAUUAAAAAAUUAUAAUUGAGAAUCAAAACCUGUUUGAACAUGAAGAUCCUCGGAAAGUCUGACUAAACCUGGUCUGGAUGAAGAGUUCUGCACAAUGCUGUUCUCUUCAUGUCCCAUGAUCCUCCACUAGGGUCAGAGGUCAACUAAAUGAUCAGAAAGGACAACAAGCUGAAAUCUGUUCAUUGUUUCACUUUUCUGUAAAUUAUCAGAAGAUUUGAUUCUUCUUGAUGGCUGUUGGUGUUUUAAUGGCAGCAGCGUUUUAUUCCAUGUUCUGGUUCUGUCUCGGUUCUGGUUCUGUCCCGGUUCUGCAGUGUGCUUUCAGUAUUACUGAUCCGUUCUGUUGCUCUGAGCAGCAGCUGUAUUUUGCUUUCUGGCUUCUUUUGUUGUUGGAUGGAAAGUUGGCUGGUUGCUGUCGCCCCCUGCAGGAACCUAAAGGUGUUGCAGGUGAAAGGCCUGCUGCACCAGUUGGUGCUGGAGCCGUUCAACUGGUUUCAGGAUGGAGUUGAGCUCAGACAGAGAUGCUGCUGGAGCAAAAAAAUCUGAUAUGUGAAAACAUUUAUUAUUUUGUCCCUUUUGUUUUAUUUUUGUCUUUUAUUUCUCUGUAGAUAAAGACUCAAAAGCCUCGACUGCUUUAAGGCGCCUUGGAGACGAUUUGAAGCUAAAUCAGGUUACAGCAGGAUUUCACUGUAAAAGGCAAAACUUUAACCAAAAUGAAGCCCAAAGUUAAAUUGCAGAAUUGUAACUCACAGUAUCAUCGGUGUAGAUUGAAUUUUAAAUCUCUUUAGGAAGGAAGGAACUGGUCUGAGGAUGGAUCCCUGAGGAACUCAGGAAAUCAUCUGUUGACUCAGUUUAUUUGUUUUUAAAGGAAUCAAUUAAAUUCUGCUGACUUUCUGCUUUUCUACUCUGCAUGAUGUGCUCCAUUAAAAUCCUUUGGGGUCAUAAAAAGUUAAAUUUGUAACUUUAAACCUGUUUGUUUUUCUGAAAUGGACUUUUCCCUCCAAUCUGAUUCAUGAACCGUCUCACCGUGUGAGCUUAACGCCGGCGGAGCUUUUGAAUCUGUUACUGAUUGUUCUCAUGAAAAUCAUCGGUUUUGUUUUCUGCUCAUGUCAUUUUGUUUUUUGGGGUUUUUUUAUUCUCAUCUUGCAUGCUGAGUUUUGUACAGACUGUUAGAUGUUUUUAUUUUCUCCAUUCUUAUGUUGAUUCUCAUGCUGAACCUUUUAUUUCUUUAUGAAAUGGUCGCUACAGAUGCAACUUGGAUGAAUAAAGAUCAUUUCUGCUUCUGUCUGACUUGGAACUGUGAGGUUUCUGGACUCAAACCAAAGAUUUUAUGUUUUAAUUGUGAAAAUAAAUAUUAAAUGUAGAAAUGAAACCUUACAUUUCCAAGUCUUUAUGUUUGUGAUUGUGUAUAAAGUCUCCAUGAAUCCAUGAUCUGUCCUGUCAGCUGAUUGGAGCAGACAUGAUGUCUAUGUUUUCAUUUGAUUUUUCUUGUUUUGCCAUUUUUGUCUUGUGUAUUAAAUAAAAUAAAGCUCUUAUCUAUCA